UGGCAAUAUGUCCAACGCUGUAAGGCAUUUGCCACAACGAGUAUGAGCAGCUUAACGAUAUGAAGCAAUAAGCAUGGUGGGUAAUAAUUUAAGCCAUAAGGUUGUGGUUCUGACUUUACUGUCGUUCAGUGGUUUCGAGGUUUCGUGAGCUUUGACAACGCCAAAACAAAAAAACAGCUGAUUUCUUAUUGUUAAGUUGAUCCAUAACCCCAAUUUUAUGCGAUUUUAAAAAAUCUAAAUUAUUUUGAGCUUCUACCUAAUAAUAGCUGAAGCGAAUGAGUUCCAUAAUCAAUGCUAUCAAAAGCAUAUUGCAUAGCAUGUUGCAAUUAUUCUGGUUUGGCAAAAAAACAAUAACAAAUAGUUUAAGCAUUUAUAUAAAAACAAGUGGAGGCAGUACUAUAUCUGUAGACCUAGACCCAACAUGGGAUAUUAAAAAUGUUAAGGAGAUCGUGGCCCCAAAACUGGGCCUUGAGCCUGAGGAAGUUAAGAUAAUUUUUGCUGGCAAAGAGUUAGGAGAUAACAUAACAAUAUCAGAAUGUGAUUUAGGUCAAAAAAGUAUUUUACAUGCUGUAAAAAUAAAAAGUCGACCUAAAUUACCCCAGCCAAGGCAUAGUCUAAUUGAUGAAGAUGAAGAACAAGGAAGUAAACCUUUAUGUGAAACAUUAAGAGAUACUAUGUUUUCUAAUGAAGAUGGUUCAAGAAAUAGUGCUAAUGCCGAAGAUGAUUCUUCCAGUACAAAGGUUGAUAAAAAAGUACACUUCUAUGUUUUCUGUCCUACUUGUAAGGCACUGAAACAUGGAAAGCUAAGAGUUAGAUGUCACUUUUGUAAGAGUGGUGCUUUUACUGUACAUUCAGACCCUCAAAAUUGGAAUGACGUUCUUAUCCCUAAACAAAUCACUGGCUUAUGUGAAAACAGUCCUGAACUUUGUGCAAAUUUGCUGGAUAACCUAGAACCAACAUUUGCAGAAUUUUAUUUCAAGUGUUCAGAACAUACCUCACUUGGUGAACAGGAUCAAGCUGUGCCAUUAUAUUUGAUUAGACCCAAUUUGAGUAAUGUGCCAUGUUUAGCCUGUGCAGAUGUCAGUGACCCAGUGUUUGUUUUCCCUUGCCCAGAAGGCCAUGUUACUUGCCUUGAUUGUUUUCGACAAUACUGUAUAACUAAACUGAAUGAAAGGCAGUUUUGGCAGCAUCCAGAGCUUGGCUACACUCUGGCUUGCCCAGCUGGCUGUGUAGAUUCAUUUAUUAAGGAAAUACACCAUUUCAGGCUGCUCACUGAUAACCAGUAUGCCCAGUACCAACGUUUUGGAACAGAAGAAUUCGUCCUCAGAUCUGGGGGAGUACUCUGUCCUCAGCCAGGCUGUGGUAUGGGGAUUUUAGUGGAUGAUCCAGAUUGUAUGAAGAUCACAUGUAUCAACGGCUGUGGGGUAAUGCUAAACAUAUGCUUUUAAACAAAAAGCUAUAUAGCAGUUUUAGGAUAAGAACUACACAUGACUAUUUGUAGUAUGUUUUCUGCCGGAACUGCCUUCAAGGCUACCAUAUAGGAGAAUGCGAUAGUGUUGAAGAUGGGCUGAAAAAUAGCGGAAGUGGCGGUUGUUAUAGCGUUGAUCCUGCUAGAGUCGCGGACGCUCGAUGGGACGAAGCAUCCAAAGUGGCCAUCAAAGUGCUGACUAAACCUUGCCCAAAGUGUAGAACUCCAACAGAAAGAGACGGGGGCUGUAUGCAUAUGAUCUGUACAAGAGCAGGCUGCGGUUUCCAUUGGUGUUGGGUAUGUCAAACCGAUUGGACUCGAGACUGUAUGGGUAGUCAUUGGUUUGGAUAAAUAUUGUUUAUAUUUAUUUGUUGUUCAGUCUUCAUUCGAGCUAAUAAACUCUUCGUUAACAAAAGUAA